ACAAAAACGCAGUUGAACGAACGAUCACCAGCGGAUCGGAACGAAGCAACCGUGACAGGGACCGUUCUCACCUUCCGCCGUGCCCUCCACGUGUGAGGGUGGUAACCUAAAGUCGUGGGAGAAAGUGGAUUGAAAAGUCGCCGGUGUUAGGGGUAUUUGAACAACGAACCGGGUGCCUGUUCCAUCCCUUCCCUUCGUACAAAACCCCAGCUUGAGUCAUUAUUUCCGGUUACGGGUUUUCGCAAAGCGAAACUUCACUUUCACAUUGCAUGAGUGCCACGCUGCGCUAUCCAACACACUCACACCCUGCGAUCAAUCACAUCCAUCAACCGAAGCAAACCAACGGUCUCAGAGGUGGCAACUACUGCUGUGCAUCUGAUGCACGUUUUGGUGACUUCACGUCAAGUUGCUAAAGCUCCCAUAGGGAUCACCCGCCAGAGACAAUGGCUCAGUGUAAGAUCGACUUUGGCGAAUGUCUGAAAGAUUCGCCCAAAUUUAGGUUACGACUGGAGCAGGAAGAGGCCGAAAUCGAACACCUGGAAACGCGGUUGGAGAAAAUCAUCAAGGCAUGCAGUGCGGCUGUCGAUAGUGGCAAGGAGUACAUCCGGCACCAGAGCACAUUCGCCACCUCGCUGUGGGAUCUGCAGAAACACUUUCAGGACAGCAAGAAUUCAACCAACAAGCUGGCGCAGCUGAUACAGCUGCUUCAGGAGAUGAACAUGUUCCACACGACGCUUCUCGAUCAAGCGAACCGCACCGUGCUAAAGAAUCUAACCGGCUUCCUUAAGCGUGAUAUUCGCGAGGUGAAGGAAUAUCGGCAAAUCUUCACCAAGGUGUCGGAGAAUCUCGACAAUGCCGUGUACAAAAAUUCACAAGUUAGCCGCAACCGACCAGCGGACGUGCUCGAGGCGGAGAACGUUUUAUCUGCCUCGAAAUCGUGCUUUAACCAUACCGCGCUUGACUACGUCAACUACAUCACACUGCUGCAGAACCGUAAACGGCACGAAAUAUUGGGUACGCUGUUGAGCUAUCUGCAGGCCUGCAGCACCUAUUUCCACCAGGGAACAGAUCUGUGCGAAGACUACGGGACAUUCUUCAAGGAGCUGAAUGACGAGAUUGGACUGAUGCGGUCGGAGUACGGUGUGCUGGACAAGCAGAUGCAAAACCGCCACACGUGCGUGAACGAUCCGCGUCCAGACCAGCCGGAGUCGGGCGAAGAUGCCGCUAGUGGUGGUGAUUGUGGUGGUGCUAGUGGUGAUGCCGGUGGUGGAGGCGGUGGUAAUGACGGUGGCGUUGGUCGCUUUCCAAACUACAUGGAGGGCUAUCUGUUUAAGCGUACCUCGAACGCGUUCAAAACGUGGAACAGGCGGUGGUUCUGUAUGCGCGACAAUCAGCUUUUUUACCGCAAACGUACCGGCGAAGAGUUGCCCACGGUGAUGGAGGAAGAUUUGCGGCUUUGCACGGUCCGGCCGCUCGCCGAUUCAGACCGACGCUACUGUUUUGAAGUUAUCUCGCCGGCCAAAUCACACAUACUGCAAGCGGACUCGGAAGCGAUGAUGAACGCGUGGAUAAAAGCGCUACAGAAGGGUAUCGAUUCGGCCAUCCAGCAUAACAGUGCGUACAGCAGUGAUAUGCGAGGUAUAGCGAGUGGUGUUGGUGGUAUAGGGGGUAGUUCGGGUGUAGGAAGAGGAGCGGGUGGUAGUGCAUCGGCGGGUGAUGGUGACCGGGCGGGUGACUCGAGGAUGGACGCCAGUGGAAACAAACAGCGCAGUAGUGCGGGUCGCGGUUCCGAAGGUGCUCGCAAGGGUUACAAGAAGAUCAACUGGACGCAAAUGUUAAAAAUUCCGGGCAAUUCGCGGUGUGCCGAUUGUGGCAAUGGAGAACCGCGCUGGGCAUCGAUUAACCUCGGCAUCACGCUGUGCAUUGCCUGCUCGGGUGUUCACCGAAGUCUCGGCGUGCACUACAGCAAGGUACGGUCGCUAACGCUGGACGUAUGGGAGCCGGAGAUACUGCGCGUAAUGAUCGAGCUCGGUAACGAUGUGAUUAAUCGGGUGUACGAGGGCAACAAAGCCCGGCUGGCACGGUUCGAUCGUGCGACGGAUAACUGCGAGAUAGCGGUGCGCGAGGCCUGGAUCCGGGCGAAGUACAUCGAUCGGCAGUUUGUCGUGCCGCUGGGUGGUGGGACCGGUACCGGUCCGGACGAUAGCAGCACCUCGUCUUCGACGCUCUCGUUUAAGAGCCUCGGUGCGGACAGUUCCAAGUUUCCGGAAAAGUGGAGCAUCAAGAAGCUGCGCCGGCGCAGCUAUCGACAGCUGUUGCGGCGUUCCAGUCAAUCGAAGGCGCAACCAUCGGAAGCGAGAACCGGGCGACGUUCGCAACCGAUCACCAAUCUCGACGACGAUGACGAUGAGGAGGAAGAGCACGAGGGGGACGACGUGGACGAUGAGGAGCGUACCGGUAGCCGGUCGAAGGGUUGUCCCGAUGCGGACGAGAAGGAUGUGCUGACGCACGUACCGAAACAGUUUGCCGACAUCUUGCUGAUCGGGGAAAACAUCCUGACGGACGAUCACAACCUGCCGGACGAGGAUUUGCUGCUGCUCAACUCCGACCAGGAAUCGACCAGCGGCGAGGAAGAUAACGCCAUCAUGGAGUGCGAGGAGCUGGAGCGUCUUUCGCCCAAUUAUUUACUUUACAAGGCGGCCACCGGGCACAAUUUACCGGUGAUGAGCCAGGCGCUGGCGCUCGGUGCGGAAAAAAGCUGGCCGAAUGUGCACGAUGCCGACCGGACGCCGCUGCAUGCCGCUAUCCUGUCCGGUUCCGUGAUGUCGUGCGAAUUUCUGCUGCUGAACGGUGCGUCGAUCAAUGCGACCGAUCGCAACGGACGCACACCGUUACAUCUUGCCGCUGAGCAGGGUUCGGCAGCGCAGGCGUAUCUGCUGCUAAAGCAUAAGGCAAGGUAUGAUAUUGCGGACGUGGAUGGGAGGCGCCCGAUCGAUAUUGCGGUUGAGAAGGAGGACGCGGACAUCGUGACGCUGUUGCGGUUAACGCUGCUGAACGAUGAAAUCGGUUCGGGCGAGGAUGGGGAAAGUUAUCCCGGGUCCGAUUCGACCUACGUCGCGGUUAUGAACGAGUUUUCCCAUCUUGCGAGCAAUCAACCACAACGGCUCCAGCGCAACCGUCACCAGCAACAGCAACAGCAACAGCAGCAACAGCAGCAGCAGCAGCAACAACAACGACAAGCACUAGUGGCCACCGAUGAUACCAACCCGAUAGUCACCGAUCUCGAUGCACCCGAUACGGGCAGUGUGAUCAGUGAUCGGUAAAGAGGAAUCUCACACUCUUACGCAGGAACAUCAGGAACGUUUGCAGUGGAGAAGCGGAAUCGGUCCGCCCUCCAUUUCAUCACAACAUUUGGAGACCAUAAGCUUUACCGUGUUGAAAGGAAGCAAAAAAGGAGAGGAAAAGAAGGAAUGUAUCCCUAUUUCUUCAUAUUCGUUUGAAACCAAUUCCAUUUUGUGUUUAGUGCAAAACAACACUGACAAUUUACCACAUUCGAUUAGGUUAUGGUGAAUGUUAGUUUUAAUUCUCCUGUUGACACAGGGACGCUCUUCUCUUGCUGAUUGUUGCCUUAUUUCCCUUCCCCUUUAUGGAUGUGUACGUGUAAGUUUGUUUCACCUCGGUCGAAGGAAAAGAGAGCUACCAGAUGUGGAUUUUAGUAUUGCAUUUUUGAAUUUGUUCCCUAUUGUUUUUAAUCCUCUACUAUGCGUGUAUUAUGAAACAAAGAAUCUGAUGAUGCAAGAGAUGAUGCCUUUGUCCGAGGGGUUAUCUUGCGUACACAUUACAUGGUAUAGUUUUGCUUUUCCUUGCACCACUAUACAUAACCAAUUAAUUUACUUGUAGAAACAAUCGCACACAUUAUGUGCAGUAUGACAACCGAAAUGGUAUUGGUGGGGGUCAGUCCAUAGUUAACCUCAUCACACACCGAGAGCGCAUACGAUAAACAAUCGCUCAAUAUUCCAACUGUUCUCGAAGUCGCGCUUAACAAUAACGUUUCGCCUUCCCCCAACUUGUUACUGUUACGUUCCCUUUAAAGCUACCUUAUAUAUACAUCAGUUGGAUUUUUUUUUCUCAUGUAUUAUGAUAAGAUACUAGCUAUUAGCCUAUUACCUAUUAUUACCUCAUUUUCGGCUAUAAUUCGCCCCACAAAACCAAACAAACCCAAUUUACAAAAAAAAAUACGAACGGCAUAUAGGAAUGGUAACCGCACCAGGGCCUUAUAUCUCUCGAAAUCUCGUGCUGUUGAUUUUGAAGGGUAAAGAUGUUAUAUUAAUCUUGCACCAAAAAAUAAAUACGAAAUUGAG